AUUCGAGACUUGCGAGAUAAAUCGCGCCGCCAAUCGUCGUCCUUUCUGUCGUUUCUUCGCGAAAAACAUUGAUUUUGAAUUUUUUCUAAAAUCUCUAGUGGAAUAAAAUUGACGUAAAAACAUUUCGGUUUCGUGCUCGAGGAGAGAAAAAAAAAAGGAGGGGAAAAACAUUUUACCUUCGUGACACGAUCGAUCCUGUCACACAAAUCAGAUCCUGUUCCGAAAGGUUAGGAAAUAAUGGCGAUUAAUAUGCGUGGAUAAAACGAAAAUACUUACACUUUCCCAAACAAAAAUCGUCCGCCUAGAAUUCCGCCUUCUAUCUAUGUAUGUAUUUAUUUUACAUAUCCUGCGACGAUCCUGUAUCUUUUUCUUUGCUCUAAGCGCUCAAAUGUCAAAUGUCAAACUCUCCCGUAUAAGCUUGAAAUGAGUCAAAUUCGGCGAAAUUGUGUGUGAAAGAAAGAGGGAAAAGAUUGCAGACCCAUAAAUUAAAUCCCAAAUUUAACAGCUGAUUUUGACAGCUGAGUUUAUCCUCAGUUUCGCCGGCUCGGUUCCUCCUGGAUGUUGACAGAAUAAAGGCUCGUCCACACGGCCACCUGACAGUAGAUGACAGCGGUGCUUGGGCGGUUUCCAAUGAGACGGACGCGUGCGAGAGCAGAGAGAUAAACCCUUCGCGUCAUCGUCCUCUCCCGGUGUUAUUUGCUCACGAUUACUCGUCAGACUCGACUGGAUUCGGCGAAGGUUCAAAGAGCACUCGGGAGGACACUGACGUGAUGUUAUUCGACUGCUCCUGCUAGAAACAAAUCCCGACUCUUACAUCACAUCAACGUGAUUAGACUCGAAUCACCCCGGUUUGGCAGCCACCCUUCGUCGCUUUUGACGUUGCUAGGAGAGAGGACGAAGAGAUAGAUUCGUGAAAAAUAGGUGGGCUGAGAAGAGAAAAAUUUAUCCCCCCUGUGGUAUUAAUUAUAGUGAUCCUCUAAGCAAUGAAAACUGGGAAGAGAAGAUAUAGAAAUUUAUCAAAUAUGCCACCGAAAUCGAAUUACACGGAGGUUGUAUGGUCUGACAUAACCAGCCGCGUACUGAUCAAUGCUGUCACUCAUCCUGUUGAGUGUGCAAAGGUUUUGAUUCAGAUUGGAUAUGAACCUAUUCCACCAAAACCAACUGUAACAUUGUUUGGGAAGCCAGCGUUAAAACUACCUAAUGUCUUUACAUACAUUAGACACAUAAAAAGCAUAGAUGGUCUCACGGGCUGCUAUAGAGGCCUGGUGCCAAAGGUGUGUUCCUAUACAGUUAGCACAAUAGCGUGUGAUAAAACCUUGGAGUAUCUACAAUUGAAUUCAGUAGAGAAUGAAGAUGAAGACGACGAGAAUGAAAUCGUAAGACGUAAGAAAUGUAUACGUGAGAUAAUAAAAGAUGUAAUCAGUAGAACUGUCGCGAUUGUAGUUAGUCAUCCUCUGGAAGUUAUUUCAUUAAGAAUGAUGGCUCAAUUUGUGGGUGGAGAGACAAAGUAUAGUAGUCUAUUCGGCUCGUUCCUGGAGAUCUACAGAGAGAAUGGAAUCAUGGGAUAUUAUGCAGGUUUGAUACCGCGUGUUAUAGGAAGUGCUGCCGCUAUAAUUCUAGCUGGUGCUUCUACGUAUGCCAUAAAUAAUUAUGUCAUACAGGAACCAACGAUGAAACCAUACACUGCAUCAACUAUGAAAUUUCUGGCUACUACUGUGAUGUAUCCAUUCUUGGUAGUUUCACACUGCAUGGCAGUAAAUGACUGUGGGUUGGUAGCCGGUCUCCCUCCACAUAUGCCGAUCUACAAGAACUGGCUACAUUGCUGGAAUCAUUUAUCAGUCCACAAUCAAUUGAAGAGAGGCAGCAGUUUGCUAUGGCGUUAUUACACUGGACCACAAAUGAUUAUGAAUGGCAAAGUGAUACCAAUUAUAGGCGACAAUUUUUACCAGCCCAGUCCUUAAAUGUCUCGUCAAGUAUAUAUUUAUGGAAUUUAUCGUCACACGGUCGAACAAAUGCAGUAAUGAUUGGUCAUUGCUUCGUCACAAAGAAUCACCUCUUAAAAACUAAAUUACACUUUAUAAACCACACGGAACGAACAAUCGUUGCACUUAACAGGGACCAUCACGUCAAUUCAAAGUGUGCUAACACCAGAGUUAUCAAAUUUAUGUAUUACAAUUCUACUGGAUAAAAUGUAUUAUUUUCAAGAAGGCGAAUUGUCCGACUUUUACAAUGAAAUUUGUAACUAUGCGCUCUAGACAUAAUCAACAUCACUUGUGUGUAAUCGAUCAAUGUACAGCAAUUCAUUGAUAUCGCUUUUAUAUAAAGUCUUUUAUUUAAUAUACUCUGUGUUGAAGAUUC